AAACAACCUUCCUCUACCCCUAUACUCACCGCCAAUUCGCGAUCUAACCCACCAAUAUGACCGAAAAGGACGAGGCCAUCUUCCGCUCGGCGGAAAUGUCGCUAGUCCAGUUGUACAUCCCCAAUGAAAUCAGCCGCGACGUGGUGUACACGUUGGGGCAGAGCGGGCUCAUCCAGUUCCGCGACCUCAACGCCAAGGUGAACUCGUUCCAGCGCUCGUUUGUUAAAGAAACCCGCCGCUUGGACACCGUUGAGAGACAGCACCGCUAUUUCAGCGAGCAAUUGCGCGCACACGGUAUCGAGCCCGCGAGCUCGCCGUACCAGGACGAUGCACGCGCGCAGGCCACACCCAACGACAUCGACGAACACGUGCAGAACGCACAGUUGUUGGAGGCGCGCGUUGUGCAGAUGAUUGAUGCCACCGAAGAGUUGCAGAAGAGACAGACGGACCUUCAGCAGUUGCGUUUAGCGAUCAAUGCCUCCGACACGUUCUUUGCAGACUUUGGCGGCUUGGAGGGUGCGGAAGGCGACACCUCGGAGGCAUUGGAGAGCGGCGUGCCGGCUGCCACGCGUGACAACUUUGUCACCGGUGUGGUUGCACGCGAAAAGAUCGGCAUCUUGCAGCGCAUCUUGUGGCGCGCGUUGCGCGGGAACUUGUACUUCAACACGAUCGAGAUCCGCGAGCCCGUCUUUAACCCCAAAACCAAAAAGUAUGUCAAUAAGGACGUGUUCAUUGUCGUCUCCCAUGGAAGUUUGAUCAUGAGCCGUAUCCGCAAGAUCGCGGAAUCGCUCGACGCGGACCUCUACGCGGUGGAUCAGGACGCGGGCUUGCGUCGCGAGGCGCUCACGGAGGUCAACAGCCGCUUAGCCGAUCUCACGUAUGUGUUGGAAACCACCACCCGCACGCUCAAGACGGAGUUGGCCGCGAUCGGGACCGGCUUGCAGACCUGGAGUGAGGAUAUUGCGAAAGAGAAGGCGAUCUUCUCGGCCAUGAACUUGUUCAACUACGACGCAAACCGCAAGACGUUGGUCGCGGAGGGCUGGAUCGCGCGUGACGCGUUGGGCGACGUGCAGCGCGCGGUGGAGCUCGCGACGGAGCGCGCGGCGUCCCAGAUCCCCACGAUUGUCAACGUUUUGCAGACGUCGCGUACGCCGCCAACGUUCCACCGUACCAACAAGUUUACCGCCGCCUUCCAGAACAUCUGUGACGCGUACGGGAUCGCCACCUACCGCGAGGUCAACCCUGGCUUGCCCACCAUUGUCACCUUCCCGUUCAUGUUUGCCAUCAUGUUCGGUGACUUGGGACACGGCUUCAUUGUCACCUUGGCCGCCUUGUUCCUUGUCAUCAAUGAAAAGAACAUUGGCUUGAUGAAGCGCGACGAGAUCUUCGACAUGGCUUUUUCUGGGAGGUACAUCAUCUUGCUCAUGGGGAUUUUCUCCAUGUACACCGGCCUUAUGUACAACGAUCUCUUUUCCAAGUCGAUGACGUUGUUCCGGUCCGGCUGGGAGUGGCCAGAAGACUUCAAGGUCGGCCAGACGGUGUUUGGUGAAUCCGUCGGGGUGUAUUCCUUCGGGUUGGACUCAGCGUGGCAUGGCACUGAGAACGCCUUGUUGUUCACUAACUCGUACAAGAUGAAGCUUUCUAUUUUGAUGGGCUACCUCCACAUGUCUUACUCCUACAUGUUUUCCUUGGUCAACUACCUCUACUUCAAGUCGCCGAUCGACUUGUUGGGGAACUUCCUUCCGGGCUUGCUCUUCAUGCAGGGUAUCUUCGGCUACUUGUCGCUUUCCAUUGUGUACAAGUGGACGGUGGACUGGGUUGCUGUGGAUAAAAAACCACCAGGUUUGUUGAACAUGUUGAUUUCGAUGUUCUUAUCCCCGGGAACCGUCGCCGAGGAGUUGUAUCCGCACCAGGCAAAGGUCCAGGUGGUGUUGUUGAGCAUUGCUUUGAUCUGUGUUCCGUGGUUGUUGCUCUUGAAGCCAUUGUACUUGAAGAGACAGUUGGACAGGGAACACCAUGCUUUGCCAGGCACCGAAGCCGAGGCGGAAGUCAUUGAAGACGACGAGGAGGAACACACCGCGCACGACUUUGGCGACAUCAUGAUCCACCAGGUCAUCCACACCAUCGAGUUCUGUCUCAACUGUGUGUCACACACUGCGUCGUACUUGCGGUUGUGGGCCUUGUCCUUGGCCCACGCCCAGUUGUCCAGUGUCUUGUGGACCAUGACCUUACAAGGCGCCUUUGGUGCGACCGGGGUUCUCGGGUCGGUGAAGGUGGUGCUUUUGUUCGGCAUGUGGUUUGUGUUGACCGUGGUGAUUUUGGUGAUGAUGGAGGGCACGUCCGCGAUGUUGCACUCCUUGCGUUUGCACUGGGUCGAAUCGAUGUCGAAGUUCUUUGAGGGUGAGGGGAGGUUGUUUGAGCCGUUUAACUUUAAGGCAAUCUUAGCCGAGGUCUAGGGUGGAACAGUAGCCCAACCCCGAUACGGACCUGAGACUUGUUUCAAAGAACUGUUAGAUUUUACAUUGUACUUCAUGGCUGGGAUGCUUGUCACAUAUCAUUUACUCUUGAUGUUUUAGAUUUUAUCGGAGCCUCAGUCUCAAAGAUUGGCUAGUGUGCCAGAGUAGUGAUAUUGAUAUCCGACUCUUGGUCGUUGUUGCUCUUCCGGAUUACAUCACUCUCUGGUUCAUAUCUCGUACCCGUAACUUUGUCUUUCCAUAUUGUUUCGAUAGACUGGUGACUGCGCCAUUGCCUAUAUGCUUUCUUUCUAUUUUCUCUUGGGGAUUAUUCCCGUUUAUCAUGCAUAUUUAUAUUCAAAAGUCAAAUUACGCAGUGUAGCCAGAGAUAAGAGUCUGAUUAUAGCCCAUAACUCAAUUACUCCAA